ACUGACCACUAGUCCUGCGUGCUACAUGUCUUCAGAAAAGCAGCAACGUCUUGUGCUCUCUAUCAUCGACUUCCUGAACCAGUCCAUCCAGGAUGGCACUGUCAAGCAGGACGAUAAAGAGGGCCUGGAAAUUGCAAUCCAGUGCAUAGGCGAGGCUUUCGAUGUAGACCUAUCUAAUGAGCAGCAGGUUGAACGCCUCAGCAUUAAACCCGCUACCCUUCCUACCAUAUUUGAUGUCUUUUUGAAGACGAAAGACAAAGUUAGGUCCACUCCGGCUCCGUCAGCAUCCACCCCCGUCGCGCUACCUCAGUCCCCUUCGACAGAGGACAAAGCCAAUGCGGAGAAAUUCAAGCAGGAUGGGAAUGCCUUGAUGUCUGCAAAGAAUUAUGAAAAGGCCAUCGAAGCCUAUACCAAGGCCAUCGAGCUUGAUUCUCUCAACCCGAUCUACUUCUCCAACCGCGCCGCUGCAUACUCGAGCAAGGGUGAUCAUCUCUUAGCAAUCGACGAUGCAGAGAGGGCCAUCGAGGUUGAUGCAAACUUUGUCAAAGCCUAUCAUCGCCUAGGCCACGCCCAGUACUCUUUGGGUGAUUACACGGCGGCGGCAGCAGCUUUCCGUCGCGGCUUGGAGCUUGAUCCAACAAACAACGGCCUCAAGUCAGGAUUACAGAAUUCUGAGGCGCGUAUCGACUCACCGACGUCGGACAGCCCUGCCCCUCGUGCGACUUCUCCUGAUGCAGGUGCGGGGGGUCUAGGCGGUAUGGCAGACAUGCUGAGGAAUCUUGGUGGUAGAGGCGGGGCACCCGGUGGGGCUAGCGGCGGAAUGCCUGAUCUGGCAAGCCUCAUGAACAAUCCGAUGAUGAUGCAGAUGGCACAGCAGAUGAUGGCCAAUGGCGGUAUGGACCGGUUGAUGUCUAAUCCCUCCGUCGCAAACAUGAUGAACAGGGUCCAGAGUGGCGGUGGCAUGCCAUCGAUGGACGAGUUGAUGGGCGAUCCUACUCUCAGAGAUCUCGCGAGUCAGUUCGGCGGUGGCACAGGUGGUGCGAGAUAGUCGGAAUUGACAUCAAGAAAACUCCUUCCAAUGACUACGAUACAGUCAACAUCGCAUACAUGCAUAAGGUGACGGGUGGCAUGGAACUGUUUUUGACUGCGUCGGUAGUGUUGUUUCACAUUACUUACACGCAACGAGGGUCACGGAUUGGAACGAUGAACGAUGUAAAUAAUAGAUGUAAUGAACACCAUUGUCAGGAAUCAAAAUCCAGGGCACAAUUG